CGUUGGGGCGUCUCCUUCUGCCGUCACCGGCGUCGAUCUGUCGACGAGAGACCGCACGCACCCUCCGUCUGCAGGGAUAAACCAAGUUUGUUAUUUAUUUACAAGGUAUUGUUUUUCAUGUUACGAAAUAACGAGGGUGAAUCGGAGUUGCGAAAGGGGUGGACUGCGAGGUGGUCCUUCUAAUAGUGAAAACUAAAACCGAACCAGUUAUGACCAGUUGAGGACAGUGAUAAGUGACCGAGGAAAUUCGUCGUACUCAUCGCGGGCGGAAGGGACACACGGUUAUUUUCGUGCGGAAAUGAUGGUGCCACCAAAAAUCGAGCCCUCUUCGGGCCGCAGCCCGUGAUCGUCGAAUCGGCGAUGAUAACUGCGGGCAGUCUCAACUAAAACAGUGUGAACCUGGGAACGCGUUACCUGAUUCUCUCUUCUCUCUCUCUCUCUCUCUCGACGUUUCAACUCGGGCUUUUCUCCUCGGCCUGGGUCAGAAAAUAAGCCCUUGCCACCGCAGGACACGAAACUCAACGGGCUAAUAACCAUCGUUGAGCACGAUGGCUUUGCCCAGACUUCAGCAUAAACGAUGGCCGAUUCACGCGGCCCCAACCCAAUAAGUCAGUUGUGGACCGCGACAGUGUCUCCCGAACCGGACUCGGAGUGUCUGUACGAGGAGAUAUCAGGCCUCUCCGUGGGUCAUGAAUUAGAAAGAUCGGAGGAAGGGAGCGAGGGUGGUCAUAGGAGGAACGGCGCGGGAGGGGAUAGGGGAGUCCUCGAUUAUACGUCCAGGGUGGAGAAGCAAUAUGCGGUGCGAGGGUGUUACGGGGAGUCUGGACCAGGCGCCGCACUCGACGCGGCUGCCACCCUCAAGCUGACGAGGGGUCGAACUGCUCGCUACGUCUCGCCCCAUUACCAAUACGGUGCAGGUCAGAUCGCAGAGCGCCCUAGCGGCAGGUCACCACGCGACCGUUUCAACCGCGGCUCCUUCAGUAAUGAGACGCAGGAAGAAAUACAAGAGGACGAUGAAGCCACUCUUAGGGAGUUGCUUGUAAGUCUGCAGAAGCAGGUCAGCGUGAUGAGUAUGAACUUGAGUGCCAAGCUGGAUGAGCUGCAGCGGGGCGACCGCCAGCUAGAAACAACUGUUGCACUAUGUGAAAUUCGAACCCAACUGCAGGAGCUUACCAAGAGCGUAGAGUCUUGUCAGAGCGAAGUCAGUGAAGUAAAACGCGACAUGGUGGCAAUCAAGCACGAGUUAGACACGGUUCAACAGGUGAAGGAAGAGAUAGAAGAAUUACGGGAGUAUGUGGAUCGUCUGGAAGAGCAUUCCCAUCGAAGAAAGCUUAGACUACUUGAACAGGGGUUGACAUUAUUCCUGUCGUAUGCAAUUCUGGCAGCAGUACUUGGCAUGCUACAGUUUGGAUACAACACUGGUGUUAUCAAUGCUCCCGAAGUGAAUAUUGAGAACUUCAUGAAGGAUGUGUACAAAGAUAGGUAUGGGGAAGACAUUAAAGAGAGCGCAGUUAAGAGGUUGUACUCAGUUGCGGUCAGUAUAUUCGCUAUUGGCGGUAUGCUUGGCGGUUUUAGUGGAGGGAUGAUUGCCAACAGAUUUGGCAGAAAGGGGGGCUUACUGCUAAACAACGUGCUGGGCAUCGUCGGGGCAUGCCUUAUGGGUUGCACCAAAAUUGCCAACUCGUAUGAAAUCCUGUUCCUCGGCCGGUUCAUCAUCGGUGUUAAUUGUGGCUUAAACACCUCCUUGGUUCCCAUGUACAUAUCGGAAAUAGCACCACUGAACUUGAGAGGCGGCCUGGGCACGGUGAACCAGCUCGCUGUUACGGUGGGCCUCCUGGUCUCCCAGGUGUUGGGCAUCGAGCAGAUUCUUGGCACAAGAGAUCGCUGGCCGGUUCUUUUAGGUUUGGCCAUCUGCCCUGCCAUCCUGCAGCUAUUAUUAUUACCAUUUUGUCCAGAAUCUCCCAGAUACUUGCUCAUAACAAAGCAAUGGGAAGAGGAAGCAAGGAAAGCCUUGAGAAGGCUGAGAGCUAGUAAUCAAGUGGAAGAAGAUAUUGAAGAGAUGAGAGCAGAGGAACGUGCUCAACAGGCAGAAGCUUCCAUUUCAAUGACAGAACUCAUAUGCAGUCCAACAUUAAGGGCUCCUCUGGUUAUUGGUGUUGUUAUGCAGUUGUCACAACAGCUGUCCGGUAUUAACGCAGUUUUUUACUAUUCUACAGAUCUGUUCAUGAGUUCUGGAUUGACCGAAGAGAGUGCGAAGUUUGCAACCAUUGGUAUCGGAGCCAUCAUGGUUGGUAUGACUUUGGUCUCGAUUCCACUGAUGGACAGGACAGGACGACGCACCCUCCACUUGUACGGUCUAGGCGGGAUGUUCAUCUUCUCCAUCUUCAUCACGAUUUCAUUCCUAAUAAAGGAGUUUUUCGGUUUCGUGCAGGAAAUGAUUGACUGGAUGUCUUACCUUUCGGUGGUCUCGACACUCAGUUUCGUCGUAUUCUUUGCCGUGGGACCUGGAUCCAUUCCGUGGAUGAUCACAGCAGAGCUAUUCUCCCAGGGUCCUAGGCCAGCAGCCAUGUCCAUUGCUGUACUCGUUAAUUGGAUGGCCAAUUUCCUGGUCGGCAUAUGUUUUCCAAGCAUGAAGACUGCGCUAGACACCUACACGUUCCUGCCAUUCAGUGCAUUCUUAGCUAUCUUUUGGAUAUUCACGUACAAGAAGGUUCCCGAAACGAAGAAUAAAACGUUCGAAGAAAUCCUUGCCUUGUUCAGACAUGGUAACGACAGGAGCAGCUUGCGGGAAAGCAGAUUAUACGGGAGCAUGCUAAACUGUGUGAAUGCGUUAGAGGAGCACAUACCGCCAGCGGAGAGCGCUGCCCUGAUGGUGGCCGAGGAGAAGCCACAUCCUGACUCAUUUGUGUUUGCAGCUGGCUCAGAGCGAUCUUCCAUCGCUCCCGCUCAGCCGGAGAGACCACCGCCCCCGCUUCCCCCGCCACGCUUUCCGAACAGCGGUGUCUGACAAUGGGAAACUCCUCUUAACAUUGGGAACUUUAUGAUGAUGAACACACCGAUGCCACUGCCCCUGCUUCUGAGUACGAACAGCCUAACGUUGGAGAAUCAUCUCUACGAGAUAAUAACGGAACGGAGCAAAGCCUGCGCGAUGUUCUUGAGGAAUAGCCUGAGGCGUGCGGCGAAUGCGACGACUCUUACAUGGAACCUAAACUCCGAGGGCGAGCCGCAAUUUCAUACGGACUCUUAGAAGAAACUUUAUAGGUCAUCAGUGCCUAUUUCAAUGGUGUCCAAUAUAUUCGAAUACGGUCUAAUUCACGUAUGCAUACACACACACAUAUAUAUAUACACACGACACAUGCGACACACAACACACAACACACACACACACUCACAUACGCACGCGAACACAAAAAUUCAAACCAGAGACGUUGAUCCGAGAACACACAAACUUCAAACCUUAAUUAGUAUGUAGACUCCUCGUAAUAUAAAUUAUAUGAUAUAAUAAUUAAUGAACAUUGUAUAAGAGAUCUAUUGUAUGAUGCAUUAUGUUGAUCGAAAAUCGAUUAAUAUUUGUAUAUAUAUAAAGGUAAGAUCGACGCUCACUGAAAGAAAUACAAAAGAAGAGGAAAAAACACAAAAAUAACAAACAAAAAUGCAAUUAUCGACCACACUAAAUUAUGUUUAAUGAACUAUAAUUGAAUGGUGAAGAGAUUGUGAAAAAAAAAAAAGAAAGUGUGUGGGUGUAACGGAAGGUUUCCUAAACGGUCCUUACGUCUAGAAUUCUGUUUUUCUUUCUUUUUUUUUUCCACAUAGCUGGUGUGAAAUGACGUUUAAGCAUAAAUUGAAAACUUCCGGAUCACGACAGCGUGAAAAUCAUUGCUUUUAUAUCACGCGUUAUAUACUCGUCAAUUUUAUAAAUGAAUCCAAUUGUUUGAUUCAGAUGCAUUAAAGUGAUUUUAAUAUAAUUUUGAAAUAACUGCGAUACGCGUUUCAAUAAUGAAAAUUUCAUUAUAAACAAUUGACGGAUUCUGGAUGAUAUAAUUGCGGCACGAUCUGGAACACAAUUAUCGUAAACAAGAAACCUUCCCUUAUAUGUACAUAUAUGUAUAUACAUGUACACUUAUAUACCAUACAUCAUAUUCUACAAGUGUAUAAUAAUCCUUCAUUGUUCAGUAGCGUAGCCAAAAAAAAAGUUAUUUGGCGAUCUAGUAUGUUCCAAGUUAACAUCAAUUAAUAUAUAUACACAUGUACAUGUACACUUAUAUGUAUAUGUAUACAUGUAUGUAUAUAUAUAUAUAUGUAUAGGGAAAUUUUAACUUUCUCGGGCCUCAAGUUUCUUUAUGGUCACAAGUCAAUUCAGUGAUGAUUUUUAUCCUUGAUCGAAGUUCAAAAGUCAAAUUAGGCAAAAAAAAAAAGGAAGAGAAAUAAAAAAAAAAAAAAAAACAAACAAACAAAGUGCACAGUUGGCGAGCAGCAAACUUAUUUUAUUUUUAGUUACAUUACAUGAACUAAGCCAAAGACUCGAUAAGUUACUUUGCAUUGCCUAAUACUUGAAUUUAAUUCUACAAAAAAGGACAGACAGAUUUUUAAUAUAACUCGAAUUUCUUCAGUCACUUGACCAAAUAUAUUGGUUUGAUUUUAAACUUAAUAUAUACUAUGAAAAACACUAUUUUCUUUCAAACAUUGUGAAAGUGCUUCUCGUAAAAUGCUACUUGAAUAAUUUUGUUGUCUUCCGUUCUUGUGCUCGCAGUUCUGAAAUCUGAAGCAAAAAAGAUUAAGAAAAAGGUAUUGGACUAUUUGUACCGACUUAACGUAAUUUGUAAACUAUUUGAAAAAAUCAAGGUAAUAUGAAUACUUAGUAAUAGCUAUGGGGAAUGAAUAAAAUAAUUAAAAGAAAAAAAAGUUAAUAUACAGUGCUGCGCACCAUAUAAACGUAAUUUAAAAAAAAAAAAAAAAAAAAAAAAGAACUUCUAAUUAUAAGCUGUCCAAAACAUACAGAAUCAGUGAGAAAGGCAAUAAAGCUAUUGAACUGAGAAUAUGCUAAAGUAGGUUUCCUCGCAUUGUGGUACUAUCAGACUUUACGAUACUAUAUUAUUAACAAUAAUUUAAGUUAGGUAUAGCUACUAGAAAAGAGGAGUACAAAGACAAGAGAUGCUAACAUCCGAUGGAAACUGUGAAACUGCUAUGCCAACUUAUGAAAAAACAAAAGGAAGAAGAAAAGGUAGAAAAAGGAAAUGAAAAAUAUCUAUAAACAAAAAAAAAAAAAAAACAAAGAAAAAUAAAUAAACAAAUAAUGGUCAGGAAACACGCGCGGUCUCUCACUUUACGUAAUGGCUGUACAAUAAUUGCGGACCGAGUAACGCUAGCAUAUCCAUUUUUUAAAUAUUAUAAGCUUAUGAACUCAAUACGGAUAACUGGUAAAAUAGAAGCAAUUCCUUUGACUCAGAACUAUGAAUGCGCGUUAAGUACAUGCGCGUUAUUGUAAGUAAACAUGUAGUAAUAACCGAUGAGAUUGAUUUUGCAAGUUGUAAGCUUUUCGAAUAGUUUUUAAGGUUUCUACCACGAUUCCAAGUUCAUACUGUACCGUGCAGCCAGAGUGUAGUAACGAUAACCAUUCUUCAAAUUUCAAAAGUAAUUUACGACACGCUCAAUUACGCGCGUCGAUGAAUAUGAAAUACAGUAUUUGAAUUAUUUUAUUUUAAAAACGGUAACUAAUUUGCAUAGAUUGUUUUGAGUCAUAAGACCACGGUAAGCUCAUUUAACGCAACGUAGAUAGAGCCUUACAAAGUUUGGACCCAGAGUCCAUCGAGCAAGUGAUCACAAUAACAAUUUGUAAAAUAAGUUCACUGCCAUACAAAUAAUAAACAAAAAUAAAAAGAAAAAAGAACAAUGACUUGCGCCCACGUUAAAGGGCCAAUGUUCCAAUUAUGGAUGUGUACAGUUCUGUGAAGAUACUAAUUAUAACAUAAUUAUAAUUACAUUAUAACGAUACUCAUUAUUAUUAUUAUUAUUAUUAUUAUUAUUAUUAUUAUUAUUAUUAUUAUUAUUAUACAUACAACUAAUUACGAUAUGGUGAUAUUAAGAAUGAUAUACAUAUUUAGAAUAAAGAAAAAUCAACUGCGGAGCUGUUAUAUACCGAAUGAAAAUGAAUAAUCAUCUGAUCAAAAUGAAAUUUUGUCGCAGUUUGAAAAUUGCAAUGAAAUUGGAAAAAAAAUUACUAAAUGAUAUCGCGAUCAAACUAACAAGUAUGAAAAUUCAUAAUAAUAUCAGUGAUACGGGUCCAGUGAUCAGAACUCAAAAGAUCGUUUUACCAAAAGGAAAAAAAUAUCUGUAGAUUUACUUGAAACCGUAGUUUACGUCCUUGGGACGUCGAACGCAGUAAUUCGGUUGAAAUAAACAUCGACAGAUGAGAAAAGCAGGUAUAAAUAACAAUUUGUCAAAUCAAAUAAUGCUUUCGUACAUUUUCAGUCGUUAUAGAGCUCUGCGAUUGAAACUCAUGCUAGUAGCAAUUAAUCACAAUAAUAUACAAUAGCGUAUUAUAAAGGAAAAAAAAAAACCUACUUACAUAAACUUGUAGAAUCAAUUAUGUACAGUGCGUAACAACCUAACCUAACGGAGACUUUCGCAGUUCACUAUCAGUUUGUAGAUAAAUCUCUUUUUAGUAUUGCAAAAUGAUUUGCCCCUUUGGUGUUUCUUGACCAGCUCUGAAAACACAUACAUACAUGAACACAGGUAUUGAGAUCUUAAGCAAAGUUGAUAAAAAAAAAAUUAAUCAUAUAGAUCCAAGUGAGAAAAGUUGAAAUUUUAUCGUCGAUGGGCAAGCUACACGGUUCAGUUAUUAGCGACAGA